CACCUAACAGAGAGGAAAAGGCUGCCUGGUUACCAACUACAGAAGUGACAAAUGUGGCUGAAAGGGUUUCAGAAAUAGGCCAUUGUUCUACAAGUUUGGGGCAGUAUCCUGGACCCUUCUCCCUGUGGUGGGGCGGGGGUGGUCACACAUCUAUUCUGUCUUGCUCUGGAAGCCCAAAAUAAUAGCUGAAUAAUCUUCCUUUUCUAUUCAUCCUUGUGACCAUUAUUAUCUGAGUAAUUCUCAACACUAUGGACAUUCGGGGGAACAAGUCUUGGUGAACAGAUGUGUCCCACAUAUUAAAAGAUAUUUUAGCAUCCCUGCCUUCACACACUAAAUACUAACAGACACCCCACUUCCUGUCCCAACCUGAAACUUCCCUGAUGCUCCCAUUUCCCAAGGUUAAUGUGGCAGGAAGACAUUAUAGGAAACAUUAUGAUAGAGAUUUCUUGUACUUGAUGCAAAACCUGUGUUGUAGCUGUUUGGCGUUUCCCUGCCUCUCCUGCCAGCCAUGAGCUCCACGCAGUUCAACAAGGGCCCCUCAUACGGGCUUUCGGCCGAAGUCAAGAACCGGCUCCUGUCCAAAUAUGACCCUCAGAAGGAGGCUGAACUCAGGAGCUGGAUCGAGGGGCUCACUGGCCUAUCUAUCGGUCCUGAUUUCCAGAAGGGUUUGAAGGAUGGGAUUAUCUUAUGCACACUCAUGAACAAGCUGCAGCCAGGCUCAGUCCCCAAGAUCAACUGCUCCAUGCAGAAUUGGCACCAGCUAGAAAACCUCUCCAACUUCAUAAAGGCCAUGGUUGGCUAUGGCAUGAACCCUGUGGACCUGUUCGAGGCCAACGACUUGUUUGAGAGUGGGAACAUGACGCAGGUGCAGGUGUCUCCUCUGGCCCUAGCUGGGAAAGCCAAGACAAAGGGGCUACAGACUGGUGUGGACAUCGGUGUCAAGUACUCAGAGAAGCAGGAACGGAACUUUGAUGAUGCCACUGUGAAGGCAGGACAGUGUGUCAUCAGGCUGCAGAUGGGCACCAACAAAUGUGCCAGCCAGUCGGGCGUGACAGCAUAUGACACAAGAAGGCAUCUCUAUGAUCCUAAGAAUCAUAUCCUGCCUCCCAUGGACCAUUCAACCAUCAGCCUGCAGAUGGGCACAAACAAGUGUGCCAGCCAGGUGGGCAUGACAGCUCCUGGGACCUGGAGGCACAUCUAUGAUACCAAGCUAGGGACUGACAAGUGUGACAACUCCUCCAUGUCCCCGCAGAUGGGCUAUAAGCAGGGUGCCAACCAGAGCGGCCAGGUCUUUGGCCUGGGUUGGCAGAUAUACGAUCCCAAGUACUGCCCACAAGGCCCAACUGCCGAUGGAGCGCCACUGGAUGCUGACAACUGCCUAGGUUCAGGCGAAGGCCCAGAGUAUCCCCCCUGUUACCAGGAGGAAGCCAGCUACUGAGGCACCCAUACAUGCUGUCUCCCCACAUCAUCAUCUUAUCUGGGUUUUGGAGGUUUUCUGUGUGUUUGCCAUUUUUUUUUUUUUUAAAUAUGUGCUGCCAAUGGAGGGUUUGUAGGAGUCUGGGUAGGAUCAGGUGGCAGAUCCCACUUGUCUUGCAGAACUGAGCCAGCAGGCUGAAGGAAAGGGGCCAUAUUCAGAUGCAUGGGUGUUUGGGUCGGGGCAGGAUCCCUGCCAGGGCACAUGCAAGAGGUGGACUGAGCCAUGUUGGGGAAAAGAGACCUGGGCAGGGAGGAGAACUGGCCCCAAAUGGUUUCCAGUUUCAACUCCUCUUAUCUUUUUUUUUUUUUUUUGAGAUAGAGUUUCAUUUUGUCACCCUCAGUAGAGUGCCGUGAUGUCAUAGCUCACAGCAACCUCAGACUCUUAGGCUCAAGCGAUUCUCCUGCCUCAGCCUCCUGAUUAGCUGAGAUAUGGGCACUCACCACAAUACCCAGCUACUUUUUUUAGAGAUGGCAUUUCGCUCUUGCUCAGGCUGUUCUUGAACUCGUGAGCUCAGGGAAUCCACCUCCCUUGGCCUCCCACAGUGUUAGUAUUACAGGUGUGCGCCAUCACGUCCAGCCCUUCUCUUCCCUUUUGUCUACCAAUCAGUUUGUGGUUUCUGUGCCCACAGAAGUUUCAGGAAGUUUUUUUUUGUUUGUUUGUUUUCUGAGACAGAGUCUAAUUCUGUCGACUUAGGUCACAGCUUGCUACAACCUCAAACUCACAGGUGCAAGUGAUCCUCUUGCCUCAGCUUCCCAAGUAGCUAGGUCUAUAGGUGUACGCCACCACACCCAGCUAGUUUUUCUGUUUUUAGUAGAGAUGGGGUCUCACUCUUGCUCAGGCUAGUCCAGAACUUCUGAGCUCAAGCAACCCCUCACCUCAGCCUCCCAGAGUGCUAGUAUUAUAGGCAUGAACCUCAAUGUCCAGCCUAAAAGAAAAUAUUUUUUCCCUGGGGAAUGGGUUAGGGAUGGUGGAGGGGUGCAGGGAAGGGGGUCCCUUGGGAAAGAGACAAAUUAUUUAGGAUCCUGCCCGACUGGAUUUCCUUAGGACCCUCAGACCAACAACACUGGUGGCCCAGAGGCCCCAUGGGAAAACUGAGGCCUAUGCAUGACUCUGAAGUUCUAAGUGGUUGAGGCAAAGGUAGACCCCCUCCCCGAGCUCAUUCCCACCUCCCCCCCGGGUAGGUUUUAUUUUUUAUUUUUUAAUUUUUUUGUUUUUUGAGACAGAGUCUCACUCUACUGCCCAGGUUAGAGUACCGUGGCGCCAGCCCAGGUCAAAACAACCUCAAACUCCUGGGUUCAAGCCAUCUUUCUGCUUCAGCCUCUUGAGUAGCUGUAACUUUAGGCACUCAUCCCAUCAGCCAGCUAAUGUUUUCUAUUUUUAGUAGAGAUGGGAUCUCACUCUUGCUCAAUUUGGUCUCUAGCUCCUGAGCUCAAGUAAUCCUCCUACCUCAAACUCCCAAGAAUGCUAGGAUUAUAGGCAUAAGGCAGUGUACCUGGCCACCUCAGUAGGUUUAAAGAGUCCCCAGUUCCCUUCUCCCCUUCCUGGGCCUGACCCACUGUCUCUUGCCUGUCAGUACUUCCCUGAGAUCCCCAGCUGGGCACAUGAGAUAAUGUGAAUUACCAACUCUGGACCAAAAGCAAUAAAAACUUCUGUUUGUAGGAAAAAAAAAACUGUGUUGCAGAGAAGCUUUGCAAGAGCCAACUGCAAUUUUAAAUGCACCAAUUAGAGCUGUGUUUAAAGACUGCCCCCCAGGUGAUUUGUUGUUGCUGUUGUUUUCUUAUGCCUCACGAUGCAUCUGCAGCUGAAGACCUAAUUUGCUACAGGAUGUUAACUUUGGAGUUUGCACCACUGUCAUUUUGUUAAUGCCUAACUUGUAGGUCUGAAGCAGUCCAAGCUGUGUUGAGAACCAUUUCAAUGAGUGCAAGCUGUCUUCUAUACAGGAACUCAUCUCAGCCUCCCUGCAAUUACUUGG